AUGGAAUCAGACAAUGAUACAUGGAUUUCAGAAUUUCUUCUUCUGGGAAUUUCAGAGGAAGCAGAUUGGCAGCCCACCAUAUCUGGGCUUUUCCUCUCCAUGUACCUGAUCACUAUGUUUGGGAACCUGGUCAUCAUCCUGACUGUCAGCUCAGACUCUCACCUCCACACACCCAUGUACUUCUUCCUCUCCAACCUGUCCUUUGUGGACGUCUGCUUCACCUCCACCACCAUCCCCAAAAUGCUGUGGAAUAUCUGGACACAGAGCAAAGUUAUCACCUAUGAAGGCUGCGUCACACAGAUAUAUUUUCUCAUACUAUUUGCAGUGUUGGACAUCUUUCUCCUGACCAUAAUGGCCUAUGACAGGUUUGUGGCCAUCUGCCACCCCCUGCACUACACAGUCAUCAUGACCCCCCGGCUCUGUGGAUGGCUGGUGCUAGUGUCCUGGAUCAUAAGUGCCCUGAAUUCCUUGCUACAAAGUUUAAUGAUGUUGCAACUUUCCUUCUGCACAAACUUUGAAAUCCCCCACUUUUUCUGUGAACUCAAUCAUAUGGUCCAUCUUGCCUGUUCUGACACAUUUCUUAAUAACAUAGUCAUGUAUUUUGCUGCUGUCCUGCUGUGUGGUGGUCCUUUCUUUGGUAUCCUUUGUUCAUAUUCUAAAAUAGUUUCCUCCAUACGUGGAAUUUCAUCAUCUCAGGGAAAGUAUAAAGCAUUUUCCACCUGUACAUCUCACCUUACCAUUGUCUCCUUAUUUUAUUGUACGAUGCUUGGAGUGUACCUUAGCUCUGCUACUACCCACAAUACACACUCAAGUGCAACAGCCUCGGUGAUAUACACAGUGGUCACACCCAUGCUGAACCCCUUCAUCUACAGUCUCAGGAAUAAAGACAUGAAGAGGGCUCUGAAAGCAGUAUUUGUGAAGGGAACUAUGUAA